CCACCACCACCGCCUCCGGGCUGGGGCCCCCCUCCACCACCUCCAGACUCUGCGCAGCCUCCUCCGCCCUCGCAGCUGCCUCCACCGCCUGGCGCGCCACCUCCCCCUCCUCCCCCAGGGUUUCGACCGCCGGCAGACCCGCAGUUGGCCAAGUUCGAGCAGAAGAAGAAGGAAUGGCUUCGUAUGCAGCGAGCACGGUUCGGCGAGAAGCGCAAGGGCGGAUUUGUCGAGACUCAGAAAGCUGACAUGCCGCCCGAACAUCUGCGCAAGAUUGUUAAGGACAUCGGCGAUGUGUCGCAGAAGAAGUACACAGUCGACAAACGAAGCUACUUGGGUGCCUUGAAAUUCAUGCCUCACGCGGUCAUGAAGCUGUUGGAGAAUAUGCCGAUGCCGUGGGAAUCAGCUCGAGAGGUUAAGGUUCUAUACCACGUCAACGGGUGUCUGACGCUGGUCAACGAAAUACCUCGCGUCAUCGAACCAGUCUUCCAGGCACAAUGGGGUAGUAUGUGGACAAUCAUGCGAAAGGAGAAGAGCGACCGACGGCUGUUCAAGCGGAUGCGGUUCCCCCCAUUCGACGAUGAGGAGCCGCCACUGUCAUGGUCCGAGAACUUGGAAGACGUCGAGCCUCUAGAGCCUGUGCAGAUGGAGCUUGACGACGAGGACGAUGAGGCCAUCUACGAAUGGUUCUAUGACCACCGGCCACUUCUCGACACAUCUCAUGUGAACGGGCCGAGUUACAAGACAUGGAAUCUCACCCUUCCGCAGAUGGCCAAUCUGUAUCGGCUCAGUCGACCAUUGGUUUCUGAUGUCUACGACAAGAAUUACUUCUAUCUCUUUGACCUGAAGGGCUUUUUGACUGCGAAAGCCCUCAAUGUUGCCCUUCCAGGCGGCCCUCGCUUCGAGCCGUUGUACAAGGAUAUCGAUCCCAAUGAUGAGGACUUCGGCGAGUUCAACGCUAUCGACCGGAUUAUUUUCAGAAAUCCGGUCAGAACGGAGUACAGGGUGGCCUUCCCCUUCUUGUAUAACUCUCUGCCUCGGAGCGUUCAUCUGUCGUGGCAUUCUUACCCUCAGGUUGUCUACAACCGGAGUGAAGAUCCCAGCUUGCCUGCUUUCUACUUCGACAAGGGGCUGAACCCAAUCUCGUUGCGAGACGUGGCUCCCAAAAAUCUCACGAUCAGCCACGAGGACGAGCUCUUUGGCAAAGACAGCAUAGAGGAGCCGGAGGAGGAGGCUUUUGUGUUGCCAGCAGGCGUCGAACCAUUCUUGGCUGAUCAGGAGCUCUACACCGAUGAGACUGCUUCUGCGAUUGAGCUUUGGUGGGCGCCUUUUCCUUUCGAUCGCCGUUCCGGUCGCAUGGUGCGUGCUCAGGAUGUGCCACUCAUCAAGCAGUGGUAUCUUGAGCACUGUCCUCCAAAGCAACCCGUCAAGGUCCGCGUCUCGUACCAGAAGAUGCUCAAGUCUUAUGUCUUGAAUGAACUGCACAAAAAGAAGCCAAAGUCGCUCCAGAGGCAGAAUUUGCUUCGGACGUUGAAGGCCACCAAAUUCUUCCAGCAGACGACGAUUGAUUGGGUUGAAGCUGGUCUGCAGGUUUGCCGACAGGGCUUCAACAUGCUCAACCUCCUCAUACACCGCAAGAACCUCACAUAUCUCCAUCUCGACUACAACUUCAAUCUGAAACCCGUCAAAACACUCACGACCAAGGAACGGAAGAAGUCUCGCUUUGGCAACGCUUUCCACCUCAUGCGCGAAAUCCUGCGUCUCACCAAGCUCAUCGUUGAUGCUCAAGUACAAUACCGACUGGGCAACAUUGACGCCUUCCAGCUUGCAGAUGGCAUUCUCUACGCAUUCAAUCACGUCGGCCAACUUACCGGUAUGUAUCGGUACAAGUACAAGUUGAUGCACCAGAUUCGCACAUGCAAAGACUUGAAGCAUUUGAUCUACUACCGGUUCAACGCUGGUCCUGUAGGCAAGGGACCUGGUUGUGGUUUCUGGGCACCGGCUUGGAGAGUCUGGCUAUUUUUCAUGCGCGGCAUCAUACCUCUUCUCGAGCGCUGGCUGGGCAACCUGCUCUCACGUCAGUUCGAAGGCCGUCACUCCAAGGGUGUCGCAAAGACGGUGACGAAGCAGCGCGUUGAGUCUCAUUUCGACUUGGAGCUCCGCGCGUCCGUCAUGGCGGACCUGAUGGAUAUGAUGCCGGAAGGCAUCAAGCAGAACAAAGUGAAUACUGUGCUGCAGCAUCUUUCGGAGGCAUGGAGAUGCUGGAAGAGCAACAUUCCAUGGAAGGUACCCGGCCUGCCAGCGGCUAUCGAGAAUAUCAUUCUCCGAUACGUCAAGGCGAAGGCUGAUUGGUGGAUUUCCGUCGCGCACUACAAUCGUGAGAGGAUUAGGAGAGGCGCCACUGUGGACAAGACUGUUGCUAAAAAGAAUGUCGGACGUCUCACGCGUCUUUGGCUAAAGGCCGAGCAAGAACGCCAGCACAACCACAUGAAGGAUGGUCCGUACGUGUCAUCCGAAGAGGCUGUCGCUAUCUACACCACAAUGGUCCACUGGUUGGAGUCUCGGAAAUUCUCGCCCAUUCCUUUCCCCAGUGUUUCCUACAAGCAUGAUACAAAAAUCUUGAUCCUGGCUCUAGAGCGGUUGAGGGAAGCAUACUCGACCAAGGGCCGGCUCAAUCAGAGUCAGCGAGAAGAACUAGCCCUCAUCGAGCAGGCUUAUGACAGUCCCGGCACCACCCUGGAACGCAUCAAGCGGUUCCUUCUCACACAGCGUGCUUUCAAGGAGGUCGGUAUCGACAUGAACGACAAUUACAGUACCAUCAACCCGGUUUACGAUAUCGAGCCAAUCGAGAAGAUCAGCGAUGCGUACCUGGAUCAGUAUCUGUGGUAUCAGGCUGAUCAGAGGCAUCUGUUCCCAGCUUGGAUCAAACCGUCAGACUCUGAGGUCCCGCCGCUGCUUGUCUACAAGUGGGCGCAGGGCAUCAACAACCUGGAGAAUGUCUGGGUUACUGAGGAUGGCGAAUGCAAUGUCAUGAUUGAGACUGAGCUGUCUAAAGUCUACGAGAAGAUCGAGUUGACACUACUCAACUCGCUCCUCAGGUUGAUCAUGGACCACAACUUGGCCGACUACAUCACUGCCAAGAACAACGUGACGCUCACUUACAAGGACAUGAAUCAUGUCAACAGCUACGGUAUGAUCCGUGGCCUGCAGUUCUCAGCGUUUGUGUUCCAGUAUUAUGGACUUGUCCUCGAUCUUUUGCUCCUGGGUCCCCAGCGUGCUACGGAGAUCGCCGGACCCCCACAAAGCCCGAACGACUUCCUCCAAUUCAGAGAUCGUGAGACCGAGUCCAAGCACCCCAUUCGUCUUUACACUCGUUAUAUCGACAAGAUUUGGAUGUUCCUCAGGUUCUCGGCUGAAGAGUCCAGAGAUCUGAUCCAGAGAUUCUUGACUGAACAGCCCGAUCCCAACUUUGAGAACGUCAUCGGGUAUAAGAGCAAAAAGUGCUGGCCCAGAGACUCUCGCAUGAGGUUGAUGCGACAUGAUGUCAAUCUCGGUCGGGCCGUUUUCUGGGAUCUCAAGAACCGUUUGCCGCGUUCUAUCACCACCAUCGAAUGGGACGACACGUUCGUCAGUGUCUACAGUCGGGACAACCCUAACCUCCUGUUCUCAAUGUGCGGGUUCGAGGUUCGGAUCUUGCCCAAGAUUCGCAAUCAGAACGAGGAGUUCCCAGUCAAGGACAGCGUCUGGUCGUUGGUUGAUAACACCUCCAAGGAGAGGACCGCGCACGCUUUCUUGCAGGUGACGGAGGAGGACGUUCAGAAGUUCAACAACCGCAUCCGGCAGAUCCUCAUGUCAUCUGGCUCGACAACUUUCACCAAGAUCGCCAAUAAGUGGAAUACUGCCUUGAUUGCUCUCUUCACUUAUUACCGCGAGGCAGCCGUCUCGACCGUCAAUCUGCUCGAUACCAUCGUCAAGUGCGAGACCAAGAUUCAGACCCGCGUGAAGAUAGGACUCAACUCCAAGAUGCCCUCACGAUUUCCCCCGGCUGUGUUCUAUACGCCCAAGGAACUAGGUGGUCUCGGUAUGAUCUCAGGAUCUCACAUCUUGAUUCCAGCAAGCGAUAAGCGCUGGUCCAAGCAGACAGAUACCGGGGUCACCCACUACCGCGCUGGCAUGUCACACGACGAGGAAACCCUGAUUCCCAACAUCUUCAGAUACAUCAUCCCGUGGGAGUCCGAGUUCAUUGAUUCCCAGCGGGUCUGGACAGAGUACUCACAGAAGCGCCUCGAGGCCAACCAACAGAACCGCCGUCUGACGCUGGAGGAUCUUGAGGAUAGUUGGGACCGCGGUUUGCCGCGUAUCAAUACCCUGUUUCAGAAGGACCGGAGCACCCUGAGUUUCGACAAGGGAUUCCGGGCUCGCGCCGAAUUCAAGAUCUACCAGCAGAUGAAGAACAAUCCUUUCUGGUGGACAAGCCAGCGGCACGAUGGAAAGCUUUGGCAGUUGAACCAGUAUAGAGGUGACACGAUCCAGGCCUUGGGUGGUGUUGAGACAAUUCUCGAACAUACCCUCUUCAAGGCAACCGGCUUUCCAUCCUGGGAGGGCCUCUUCUGGGAGAAAGCCUCAGGUUUUGAAGAAUCCAUGAAGUUCAAGAAGUUGACGAAUGCCCAACGAUCUGGUCUGAACCAGAUUCCCAACCGUCGCUUUACCCUCUGGUGGUCACCAACUAUCAACAGAGCGAACGUUUAUGUGGGCUUCCAAGUGCAGCUGGAUCUGACGGGCAUUUUCUUGCAUGGCAAGAUUCCGACACUCAAGAUCUCCCUCAUUCAGAUUUUCCGGGCUCAUUUAUGGCAAAAAUGCCAUGAAAGCGUGACAAUGGAUCUUUGCCAGGUGUUUGAUCAGGAGCUUGAGUCACUCGGCAUCGAGUCCGUGCAGAAGGAGACCAUUCACCCUCGAAAGUCGUACAAGAUGAACAGCUCAUGCGCCGAUAUCCAACUUUUUGCAAGUCAUAAGUGGAACGUUACUCGGCCCUCAAUGUUGUUCGACACAAAAGAUGUCAUUGAGUCAACCACCACGAACAAGUUCUGGGUGGAUGUCCAGUUGCGGUAUGGUGACUACGACUCUCACGACAUUGAGCGAUAUGUCCGUGCCAAGUAUCUCGACUACACCACGGACAGCAUGAGUCUCUAUCCUUCGGCCACUGGUCUCAUGAUCGGCAUCGACCUGGCAUACAACCUGUAUUCCGCUUAUGGUCACUACUUCCCGGGUCUGAAGAUUCUCGUGCAGCAGGCGAUGGCCAAGAUCAUGAAGGCAAACCCUGCUUUGUACGUCCUGCGUGAGCGUAUCCGGAAGGGUCUCCAGUUGUAUGCUUCUGAGAGCAACCAGGAGUUUUUGAACUCCCAGAAUUACUCCGAGUUGUUCAGCAACCAGACGCAACUGUUUAUCGACGACACCAAUGUCUACCGUGUUACCAUUCACAAGACGUUUGAAGGCAACUUGACCACUAAACCCAUCAACGGCGCCAUCUUCAUCUUCAACCCUAGAACCGGACAACUAUUCCUGAAGAUCAUCCACACGAGCGUAUGGGCCGGACAGAAACGUCUCGGACAAUUGGCGAAAUGGAAGACUGCCGAAGAAGUCGCUGCUCUCAUUCGGUCUCUGCCGGUGGAAGAGCAGCCCAAACAGCUGAUCGUUACGAGAAAGGGCCUGCUGGAUCCCCUGGAAGUCAACUUGCUCGAUUUCCCGAACAUCUCUAUCCGCGCUUCCGAGCUGCAGCUCCCCUUCCAGGCUGCUAUGAAGGUCGAAAAGCUGGGUGAUAUGAUUCUUAGGGCUACGGAACCGCAGAUGGUGUUGUUCAACCUUUAUGACGAAUGGCUGAAGAGCAUCUCCUCGUACACGGCCUUCUCACGGUUGAUCCUCAUUCUUCGGGCGCUGCAUGUCAACAUGGACAAGACGAAGCUGAUCCUACGACCUGAUAAGACAGUCAUCACCCAAGAGCACCACAUCUGGCCCACACUGUCAGACGAGGACUGGAUUAAGAUUGAGACCCAGCUGCGCGACCUGAUCUUGAACGACUAUGGAAAAAAGAACAACGUUAACGUCUCCAGCUUGACGAGCAGUGAAGUGCGGGAUAUCAUCCUCGGUAUGGAGAUUUCUGCGCCGUCAUUGCAGAGGCAGCAGGCCGCCGAAAUUGAGAAGCAGCAGCAGGAGCAGCAGCAGCUCACUGCCGUGACGACCAAGACGCAGAAUGUUCAUGGAGAGGAGAUCAUCGUCACCACCACCUCGCAGUUUGAACAGCAGACGUUCGCGUCCAAGACGGAAUGGCGCACACGAGCCAUCGCAAGCUCCAACCUGCGCACCCGCUCGAACAACAUCUACGUAUCUCCUGUCGACAAUGAUUUGGAUGACAUCACCUAUGUCAUGCCGAACAACAUUCUCAAGCGGUUCAUCACGAUUGCGGACCUUCGCGUCCAAGUAGCCGGCUACCUCUACGGAGCAUCCCCUCCUGACAAUGACCAGGUCAAGGAGAUCAAGUGCAUUGUCUUGGUUCCUCAGAUCGGUGGGCUUCGGAAUGUCCAGCUGCCUCAGCAGCUCCCCCAGCAUGAGAUGCUGAAGGGCAUGGAGCCUCUGGGUCUCAUUCACACCAUGUCUGGCAACGAGCUUCCGUACAUGUCCGCAGCAGACGUGACCGAGCAUGCCAAGCUCCUCGACGCACACCCUGAGUGGGCGAGAGACAGGACGCUGACAGUUGCGGUGUCCUUCACGCCGGGCAGUGUCUCCUUGUCUGCAUGGGCUCUCACACCUCAGGGCUACAAGUGGGGUGUUGACAAUAGAGACCUGCAAAGUGACCAGCCUCAAGGUUUCACGACCAGUAUGGGCGAGAAGCGCAAGCUGUUACUAAGUCCUCGGUACAGAGGGUUCUUCCUAGUGCCGGAGACGGGCCAGUGGAACUACAGCUUCAUGGGCUCGGCCUUCUCCGGUCUAGAGAAGAAGUCUGUCCGUGUAAAGCUCGACACGCCUCAGCCGUUCUACAAUGACGCACACCGACCCAUCCACUUCCAGAGUUUCGCGGAGCUGGAGGACAUCUGGGUGGACAGGAGUGACAAUUUCGCAUAGUUUUCUUUGGGGGAAACGAGGACGGAUGGUAGAAAGAGGUGCGGCGGUGGGAACGACUGCGUAACAUGACUAUGGGAUGAAGAAAAGACGGAAUAAAAUUCACUUGUUAAUACACAACGUAAAACUGAGGCACGCAAAGGUUGGGAAUUGAUGGUGAGUGGUGGAGAAAGUGGCGUUCUCGGCAUUAUGGUACUCUGCGACAUUUUGCUAUUCUUCCAAUAUCAAUCGAGAUUGUACGAUACUCAAAAUAAAAUAAGAACAUGUCAUGAG